ACCCCAAAAAAGAACUUCUGCUGAAACUGCUGGAGGAGAGACGGAUCCUGCCCCUGAAACCAUGGGCCCUGUCAGCUACUCAUCAGAGACCUAUGACUUGAGCCAGGUGGAGCUGAGCGGUUACUACGAAGACGAGAACACCACCCCUUCUUUGGAAGGCUACUUUUGCUUCAACCCAGCCUCAUCUGUGGUUGGCAACCAGAGAGACCCCUUCAGAAAGGUCUUCAUGCCCCUCAUCUAUCUGCUGAUGUUCGUGUUGGGGACUGUGGGCAAUGCCCUGGUCCUGGUCAUUUUAGAGCGGUUCAAGCGGUCUCGCACUACCACUGAAAACUUCCUUUUCCACCUCACCCUGGCCAACCUGGCACUGUUGCUAACCUUCCCCUUCAGCGUGGUGGAGAGCUUGGCUGGGUGGGUAUUUGGGAAGUUCCUCUGCAAGAUCCUCAGUGCUGUCCACAAGAUCAAUUUCUACUGCAGUAGCAUGCUGCUGGGGUGCAUUGCGGUGGACCGCUACCUGGCCAUCGUCUAUGCAAUCCACACCUACCGCAAACGCAGAGCUCGCUCCAUCCACCUCACCUGCACAGCUGUCUGGCUCUGCUCACUGCUUUUGACCUUACCUGAUCUCAUCUUCAUGGAAGUCUGGACAGAUGACAGCAACCGCAGCAUUUGCUAUUUUCCAGAGGUUGGGAUCGAUGGCAACAAUGCCUGGCUGGCGACCCGCUUCCUCUACCACACCGUGGGCUUCUUUGUGCCCCUGCUAGUGAUGUGUUACUGCUACACGGCCAUUGUCCGGGCUCUGUGUCAGUCCCAGCGCCUGCAGAGGCAAAAAGCUGUCCGUGUGGCCAUCCUGGUCACAGGCGUCUUCCUGCUCUGCUGGAGCCCAUACCACAUUGUCAUCUUCCUGAACACACUUACCAAGCUAGAAGCCUUCACCAAGAACUGCCUCCUAGAAGACCAGCUGGACACGGCCAUCAUGGUGACAGAGGCCAUCGGCUUCACACACUGCUGCCUCAACCCCAUCCUCUACGCCUUCAUUGGAGUCAAGUUCCGUAACGACUUCUUCCGAAUCCUGCAGGAGCUCGGCUGCAUAAGCCAGGAGACCCUGCAGGAGAUCCUGGAGGUGACGAGGAAGGGCAGCGGGAUUGAGUCUGACAACACCACCUCUAUCUCCACUUUCUAG